GUGGCCAACCAGCGCUGAACACAUGCAUUGCAAGAAAAGCAUCGCGAUAUACGUACGUACGUGUACGGCCGCGGGGAUCGGGAAACAGACGGCACGUCGGAUGCGUCUGAACAUUUUUGAGAAAUAAUGUCGAAAAGACUUUUUUCCGAUCACUUCCGCACCUGUCACAUCAGUAUGAUGUUCACGACAUAUCUAGCUGUCCUCUUAUCUUGCUUUGUGUGUUAUAUUUCUGUGCACCGAGCCGCAGCGACCGAGGUGGUUUUCGCCGUCAACUGCGGCGGCCCGGGUCACCGCGACGUCCACGGCGUGGACUACGAGGGCGACCCGCUGGACAUCGGUGUGGCCUCGGACUUUGGGAAGAACCUGGCGGUGAUCGGUCGGGUCCCUCAGCAGGACGCUAUCCUUUACCAGACGGAGCGGUAUGAUGUCAAUACCUUCGGCUACACGACCAGCAUUGAAGAGGACGGGGAUUAUGUUUUGGUGCUCAAGUUCUGUGAAGUGUGGUUUGGUGCGUCAAGACAGAAGGUUUUCGAUGUUGUCCUGAAUGAUCUACACACAGUGGUUUCUGGGCUGGAUAUCUAUGACGUCGCAGGUAGAGGCACGGCCCAUGACGAGAUCAUUCCAUUCUCUAUUACCAAGGGCAAACUGAAGGUGCAGAAAGAAGCCUCCACAUUCCAUGGAGAUCUCCACAUAGAGUUUGUCAAGGGAGACUAUGACAAUCCAAAAGUCAACGCCAUUGUAAUUUACAAAGGAACAGUCGAUGAUAUACCCAAGUUACCACCUUUACCGGGCGCCGAUCUAGACGAGGAUGAGCCAGAGGACAGCGACGACGAAGAAACUGAAGAGCACAAACCGAAGCGGCACAUCACGUCGGGGCCCAAGACCCCGGAUCCGUACGCAGCCGACGAAAGUAGCUUCUUGUAUCCAAUUCUCAUAGCCUUAGCAAUUUUUAUCCCCACGCUAUUUUGCCUGUGUAGACUUUAACGCAUUUCUUUCUUCUUUUUUUUUUUUUUUUUAGUAAGUAGGAUUUUUUUUGGUGGUGUUUUUUAUGGUGGGUUAAAUAUACAUGUAUGUGUUUGUCAGUUUUGAGAACAUUUUUUGACCAGGAUGUAUAUAUUUAUGCAAAUGUCAAGAACAGGAUUGUGUUUAUAACUUUCUGAAAUUCAGCUGGGGAAUUUUUUUUUAAUCUAUGUAUCGUACUACAGCGGGAUUAUGUGCAUCAGUACCACCUUGUCAUUUCAUGGUGUGAAACUAAAAGCAGCUAUGUCAUUGGUUGUCUGCAUAUUUUGAAUAAGAAGGAAUGGAAAAUAAUGCGAGGCCUCGGAAGGUCACGGGGAAUCAAGGGUAAUU